CUCCGCCGCGCCCGCCCAAUCAAAAGCGGCGGCUCCCGCGGCGCCAAAGCUGGAAAGGGCCGGGCCGGGCAGUGCUGAGGGGGUUUCCUCGGCGCCCCUCCCCUCGGGCUCCCCCGCCACGUGACCGCGGACGUGGCCGCCCGGGCGGGGGCGAUGCCCAGUAGGAAGCGGAAGCGAUUUUGGAAUGCAGAAUGUGUGUCCUUCCCAGACAAGACACCCCUACAGCUGAAAAAAUCAAACGUCAGGACAUCAGUGGCUUCUACUUCGAUUUCCAGUGCAUGGCUUAGGUGUGGGGAUGGCUUUCAGAGCACUUCGGUGCUGGAGUCAGUAAGACCUACUGAUAAUAAAUCCAAGACUAAGAAGCAACUUGGACCACUGUUAGCAACUGCUGAAAAUGCAGCAGGAUCUGCUGCUGAAAGCUCUAAGGAGGCCGAAGACAUAAUAUGGACCUCUAGUGGCAGUGAUUUUUCAGAUAAUGAAAAUAAAACAUUGAUUCCAAGGUUACACAGCAAAAAAAGUCUCACUGAGAAAAUAGAGAAGUCACAAAGCAGACAUGAUUUAUUGUUAGAGGACAGAAGUGAUGAAGAUGUACCAGAGUUCAUUGACUGGGAGAAAGAUAGUGAUUCUACAGAUAAAUUUGAUGGAUCAGAAAAAGAUGACAGUUCAGUGGAGAUAUCGGACUCAGACUCCUGCACAAAUCUUAAUUCUCCCUCUGUCAAAGAGGAGAAUGAUGAGCUCUAUAAGAUGACUCCAACAGAAAUAUCUGAAUAUUCAUCUGAUAAUGACAGCCUGGAAGUGGAAAUGGAGACCACUAAUCCAGGAUUCUCUAAGAAAUUGCAGUCGAGUUUGGCAUUGAUUAUGGGGGAAGUUCCGACAAGACCUGCCAGUGACUGGCUGAAGUCUGCACAGGCCCUUCUACAAACUCCUAAGAAACAGUCGGGCAAGGCUUCUAGAACCCCAGAAGAUUCUGCUAAAAAGAAGAAAUUACUGAGGGGAGGGCUGGCUGAGAGGUUAUGUCGGCUGCAGAACAGAGAAAGAUCUGCCAUUAGUUUUUGGAGACAUCAGUGUAUUUCAGAUGCUAAAAUCCCAUCAGAUAAAUCUGGUGUUUUGAUUGUGAAGAUCUUGGAGAUGUUUGAGGAGUGUAUGAUCCAAGUUGCCAUCUGCCAGCAGCUGGAACAGUCUCCUGCUAUGACUUCAUCCGACGAUCUCGUUAUCAAUACAGUCGAACCAAUACUCAAAGUCCUCUUUGCAAGAGAGACAGCAGCUCACCUGAAGAGUAGGCCCCAGGAUGUCAUCCACAUCUAUCCUCCGUGGCAAAAACUACUUCUCAAGAAUUCAGAUGUUCCUAUUAUCAUGAAUACAUAUUUCAGUCAAAAGGUGCUACUCAAUGAACACUUAGAAACAAGCAAGAAGACACAGGCUCCUACAAAGAUGCUUAUUAGAAAGAAUAUUGUAUCUUUGGCACAAACGUUCAAACUAGAUGACCUUGAUAAUGAGCAACCCCAGGAAUCUCCAGAUAACCAGGUUGCUUGUGCUCCACAAAUCCAUAAAAACUGUGAUUCCAAAGAGCAUCCUGUAGCACUGAGUGCUGUUAAUGAUUCUCUGCUUGAAAUGGUGGAAAGCCAAGGAGCAGUGGGAUGGAGAGAAGUGCAGGUACGAGUCGUUAUCCAAAGAGUGUACUGUUUGCCUGCAAGAGAAGGUUUCAGAAGCCAGAUACAAGGAAACAAACCUGUCUGUGCAACACCUAUCAUAAAUCCAGAUCCACUAAAUGUUAGGUUAUGCCUCCUUGUCCAGGAUGCGUAUGGCAUGUUUAGUGAAGUACAGCUGCAAUCCCUCAGUUCUGCAGAGGACGUUGAACAGUACUGCAGGAGGUGGGAAGGAAAAUUCUGCUGUUUAGCUGGAAUGAAAAUUUUGCAAAGAACGACAAGAGGAAGGGCAUUAGGACUUUUUAGUCUGAUUGACAGCUUAUGGCCUCCAGUAGUGCCUGUAAAAGUUCCUGGACAAAGUCAAGACCCUGAAAUGAUAACAACUAAUCUUCCUCCUCCCAGCUUCUGUUACAUUCUUACUGUUCAGUCUGGUGAAAUACAUGUGGAAGUGGAUGAGGAAGAGCAGAUUUCUAAUUUGUACCAGCCACCAGCUGUUCGUGGUCUGAAGGAAAUUCUUCAGAUCGAUGGUUGUAAUGAGCGUUGUAGCUUUUGGGCACGAGUGCUAUACCUGAGGCUGCAGACAAAACACAGUGUUCCUACAAAUCAAAGAGAGAUUUUGUUGUUUGUGACUGACUUCACAUUGCAAGAUGUAGCUCACACAAUUCCAAAAGUUGUUGCUGUGUCAGUUGCUGCAUCGUGCGUUCUCAGUACGGAAAUCAUAGAAGCUCUCAGUGUUGCCUCGCGACUCAUCUUCUUCAAGGAUGCCCUGUGGGGAAAUGGUAGGAUUAUUUGUGUUGAACGUACUGUUCUCUUAUUACAAAAGCCUCUUUUGUGCUCGGCUGCCGGUGCUGACCUCAGUGAGCUGCCUGGCCCUGUCAAACUCGAUGAGCUGGAUUCUACCACACAGGCCAAUUCCAUUUGUGCUGUGAGAGGUACCAUUGUUGGAGUUAAUGAGAGCACUGCCUUCUCCUGGCCUACGUGUGACAGAUGUGGCAAUGGAAAGUUGGAACUGUAUCCCCGGGACAGAGGAUCGCUAUAUUGCAACCAGUGCUCUGAAGUUGUCGUUUCACCAGUUGUGAAAAUGCAGUUGGAAGUCUUCUUGAGUUGUCCAUCCCGAUCUCAAAGUACAGUAAAAGUAAAGCUGCUACAAAGAACAAUCUCUUUUCUCCUGAAGUCUGCCGCCAGUGAGGAUGGGAGUUAUGAGGUGAGGAGCGUGCUGGGAAAGGAGGUGGGGUUGUUGUGCUGCUACGUCCACUCCACGAGCAGCCAGCCAAACUGCAUUGGACUGGAGGAAAUUGCUCUUCUGGAAGCUGAAAGAAACUGAACUGGACUGAACUGUAGUCAGCUACUACAGUAUCUGUGGACUUUGUGAUGUGGUUAUCGGUUAACUAUUGCCACAGAUAAUGUGUAAUGGGAGUGCGAUAAGUAUUAAGAUAGUUUAUUAAAACCGUGAUUUAUAACGCACAGUGUGCUAACACUGAGAAAUGUAUUAACAAAAAAAUCUGUUCGACUUUCUGAACUCUUCUGUUUGGUUCAGAAUUUGAGAGCAUGGUUCUUCGGUGCGUUUUUUGUUUUGGAGUGUGAAAGAUCUUGUUCUGGAAUUUCAAACGGUUGUGAUUUUUAUUUUUGUUUUAUAAUGCUGUAUUUAUUAUGUGGAUGGAAAAUAUUUUACUGAUAUUUUUGAAAUAAAUACCUUGCUGUAUGCAGUGAGCGUCGAUCUAAGCUGACAGUUUCACCAGCAGAUUCCAGAAGUGCUGCCUGCCUGCCACGGUGCCAUCGCUAAUUGUAAAUUGUAGUGUUUGUUAUCAGCUUGCAAUAAAUGUUACAAAGAUUUGAACAAGGCGUAUUUUAAAGUAUCAAGCAUAAAAAGUUAAUGUUUUACAGCAAUCAGCCACCUAAGCAUGGAAGUACCACGUUAUCUGUAGCUUCCCACAGAGCGGGUGUUUCAUUGUACAGUUUCUAUUACACGUAAAGAGUAAAGUGCUUUGUCGGCCACACCACCGUCCUCACCCUGACCGUAUGGAGAGGCGGAUCACAGGUCUAGCUUCUAACCAUCCCGUCAGACAACACCAAAGUCUUCCUAUGCGGUCAUUGAAGCGAUACGAGAACUGAUGUGAGAGUUCAGGCUGAGAUUAGGGAUUUUUUUCAUCCCGGUUUGUGGUAAUUUACAAAAACCUCCCGGGUCAGAGGAUGAGGAGUGAAUGGUUUUGUGCAGGUCCCGGCAGGCGAGGAACAGCAACCUGGCUGCUUCACUGCUGGUUCCCGUGGCCGGGGGUGGAAAGUCUGGCUGGCGUACGCAGCGGUUGCUAAAGGAAUGGCCAAGUUUUGAGCCUCCUUUUUUUCUGACCCCCCCUUCUUUCUUUCCCCAGCCUUCUCCAGGCCUCCCAGCCCCUUACCUGCCUCCCCAGGGGGCUGAGGAGCACCGGGCCAGGGCGGUGCCACCCAUGGGCCUGUCCCCGCCGCCCUCCCCACUGUCCCCCCGCCCGCAGGACAUACGGCAGACGAGAGCAGACUUGGUUUCAAACGCUUUUUUUUGUUUUGUUGUUUUAUUAUUAUUAUUAGAAAUGCUGUAAAAAUCGAUAUAAAAGGUCAGGCAUGCUCAGUCUUUGUCAUCCUACCGUCUAAAAUACAUGAAGGCUUCGAAUCAUUUUAACAGGUGUACCAUAGCUGCAUCAGUACGAGUAAAAUGUAGAAAAGACAAAAAAAAA